AUGGCAAAUCAAAGUGAAAUUACACUUGCUUGGCUCGAUGCAAACAUAGACAAUGAAGAAAAUAAAAUAACCUACAAUAAACUAUGUGAAGAGUUUGGCGAUUGUAUGCAAUUUUUGAAUCAAUCUGAUUUUAGCAGAUUUCGUGGACGUAUCAUGCAUAGUUCAAGACGACUUAUUCUCAUUGUUAGUGGAAAAAUAGGUGAAAAUUUAGUACCUGAUAUACACGAAAAGUCAAAUAUUUUAUCGAUCUAUGUCUAUUGUUCAUGGAAAGAAAAACAUGAAGAAUGGUCUCAAGGAUAUUCGAAAGUCAAGGUUGUUACUAAAGUAGAUGAUCUUAUUUCUAAUAUUAAAUCAGAUUAUAAUUCUUAUGGAAAUUAA